CGGGGCGGAGGGCGUUUCUGGGGAAGGGAAGGAGAGGCGCUGAGGAGCCCUGCCUCUCCCCACAGCCGCCGGUCCCGGGGACGGGGGCGUGGCCAGGACGGGGGGGCGGCGCCUUGCCGGCAGCGGCAGCCGAGGCGGAGCGGAGCCCGGACGGCAGCAGGAGCAGCGCGAGAUUGAGCAUGAACCGGUUCAAGGCGUCUAAGUUCCGGCACACCGAGGCCAAAGCGGCCCGCAAGGAGGCCUGGAUUGGAGACAUCCGCGGCAGCAGCUCAACAGCGCCAGGGGACCACAUCAAGGCCAGCCGGCAGAGGAUUGUGUUCAACACAGACUCGGCAGGUAUACUGGGCAUUGUGCCUCUGGAGAGAGAGAACGGCGGCAAGAGGACUGUGUCUCAGCUGUGUUGCCACUCGGAUGCAGUGACAGACUUUGACUUCUCCCCCUUUGAUGAGCAGCUUCUGGCCACAGGCUCCACUGAUGAACUUGUGAAGGUGUGGCGUCUCCUCGAUUCCAGCCAAGAUGUGUCAUCUUCCCCACACGUGACCCUGGGGCAAGAGGGGAGCCAGGUCACCGUCGUCCUUUUCCACCCCACGGCAGAUGGCAUCCUAGCCAGCGGGGCUCGGAGAAUGGUCAAAAUUUGGGAUGUGGAGCAGCGACAGCCCCGGGCAGAGCUAGAGUGUCAUGAUGACCAGAUCCAAAGUGUGGCUUGGAAACCAGAUGGUUCCCUUCUGGGCACUUCCUGCAAGGAUAAGAAGCUUAGGAUCUUUGAUCCUCGUGCCAAGGCCUCUGCCUGCCAGAGCGUUGUAGCACAUGAGAAUGGCAAGGACUCCCGGAUUCUCUGGGUGAAUGCCGAAGGCUACCUUCUCUCCGUGGGAUUCAACCAGGUGAGAGAGCGCGAAGUCCGCCUUUGGGACACACGGUCUUUCGGCAGCUCGUUGGCCUCCAUCACCCUGGAUUCAUCCCCCAGGGCCCUGAUCCCACUCUUUGACCCCAGCACUGGCCUCUUGGUCCUGGCAGGGAAGGGGGAGAAUGUCCUCUUCUGCUAUGAGGUGCUGCCUGGACAGCCUGCGCUGACGGAAGUCAACCAGUGCCUGACGGAGAGCAAGUCCCACGGGGCUGCCCAGGUGCCCAAGCUGGCCUUGGACGUCAUGGCCUGCGAAGUGCUGCGGGUCCUGCAGCUGACCGACGGCCACAUCGUGCCCAUCAGCUACACGGUGCCCCGGAAGUCCACACAGGAGUUCCACGAAGACUUGUUCCCCAGCUGUGCCGGGAAUGUCCCUGCCGCCUCUGCUCAGGCCUGGUGGGCCGGAGACAACAGCCAGGUCAAGCAGAUCAGCCUCCACCCUGCUGCCCACAGGCCCAGCCAGGUCUUCACCUCUAGCUGCCUCCCAGGCUUCCGGAAAGAGGAGAGCCACCCCCCAGGCUGCCCCCAGGCAGGGGCAGGAGAGCAAGCGGAGGACCAGGAGAUGAGUGGGGGCAGCGGCCUCUCCUCUCCCACCAGCUCCCUCACGUCCCCCUCCAGCGCUGCGCCAUCCCUCUCCAUCACCAGCGGCUUCGCUUCCAGCCCGAGCCAGAAGUCACUGCAAAGCAUUCUGGGCGCCAGCUCUGGCUUCCGGCACGUCCAGGGCACCGUCUUGCACCGGAACACCCACAUCACCAACCUCCGGGGACUCAACCUCACCACGCCGGGGGAGUGCGACGGCUUCUGCGCCAACCGGCAGCGCCUCGCCGUCCCACUGCUGUCUGCAGGAGGGCAGGUGGCCGUCUUGGAGUUGUCCAAGCCAGGCCGCCUGCCAGACACUGCCAUGCCCACCAUCCAGAACGGAGCCCCCAUCUCGGAUCUGUGCUGGGACCCCUUUGACCUGCAGCGCCUGGCCGUGGCUGGAGAAGAUGCCAAGAUCCGUCUGUGGCGGGUCGACUCGGGAGGGUUACAGAAGACGCUGCUCGAACCGGAGGUCGUGCUGCGAGGGCACACAGAGAAGAUCUACUCUGUCAAGUUCCACCCGCUGGCCGCAGACAUCCUGGCCUCCUCCUCCUACGACAUGAGCAUCCGGAUCUGGGAUGUGCGUGCCGGGAGGCAGGAGCUGAGUCUGGCUGGACACAGGGACCAGAUCUUCAGCCUGGCCUGGAGCCCAGAUGGACGUCGCCUGGCUACCGUCAGCAAGGACGGCAAAGUGCGGGUUUACGAGCCCCGGCAGACAUCCCAGCUGCUGCAGGAAGGUCCUGGGCCUGAAGGCGGACGGGGUGCCCGCAUCGUCUGGGUGUGUGGAGGCAAGUUCCUGCUGGUGUCAGGCUUCGACAGCCGCAGCGAGCGCCAGCUCUCUUUGUACCAGGCGGAGACACUGGCCACUGGCCCCGUGGCGGUGGUGAGCCUGGACGUCUCCCCGUCUACCCUCAUCCCCUUCUACGAUGCGGACACGGGCGUGGCCUUCCUCACGGGCAAGGGCGACACCCGAGUGUACAUUUACGAGAUCAUCUCAGAGGCCCCCUUUUUCCUGGAGUGCAACAGCUUCAUGUCCAGCGACCCCCACAAGGGCUUCCAGUUCCUGCCCAAGACGGAGUGUGACGUGCGGGAUGUCGAGAUCGCCCGGGCCCUGCGCCUCCGGCAGAGCUCCAUCGAGCCAGUCGCCUUCCGGGUGCCCCGGGUGAAGAAAGAGUUCUUCCAGGACGACCUUUUCCCUGCCACGGAGGUGUGGUGGGAGCCUGCACUGUCGGCCGCUGCCUGGCUGAAGGGCACCAACGGGCAGCACCCCAAGAUCAGCCUCCGGCCCAAAGAUAUGACUCCAGUGAGUGAAGCCCCCAAGGAGGUUCCCAGCAGGAAAUACGUCCCGUCCUCCGUCUACCUGGAGGAGAAGUCUGAUGAGCAGAAGAAAGAGGAGCUGCUGAGUGCCAUGGUGGCCAAGCUGGGCAACCGGGACGACCCCCUUCCGCAGGACUCCUUCGAAGGCGUGGAUGAAGAGGAGUGGGACUAACCCUGGAAGCCCGGCCCGAGAGCGUGGGGGGCCCCAGCGGCCUUUCUUCCCACGUCACGCCCACCUUCCUGGACUGGUGCCCAAACUGGAUUUCCUCCUGAACUGGAGCCCAGCCUCUCCUGGGGCGCCUUCAUAGCCAGAAGCAACUGGAACCCUCCCCCCACCCGCCCCGGACUGCCCCCCCUUUCCACGACCCCUCUGUGCUGGGCACUGCCUUCCUUCCUGCUUAUGAGCAGAGGUGCUGGGGAUCUUGCCCGGGGCUUCCCCCUGACCCGCCCGACCCUCCUGCCUCCUGCCUCUUCUCUGCUGCCGUGCUGGGCAGGGAUCAGGUCUGCCCAGCAGCCGGGACGGGGCCUGGCCACCAUGCCUCUGCCUUGCGUCACAUGUUUACAGUGGACUCGGGGACCCAGCCCAGCCUCUGCCGUCCCCUGAGCAGCCUGCCUUCUGCUUGCAACACUGCGCGGGGACGACCGCACGUUAACUGGACAAAGCCUCCCCCGCUCACGGGGCCGAGGGCCUCUUCUCUCUCCCACCGAGCAGGGGGUGGGCUACUGGCCUGGUUGCCGCCUUGUGUUUCUUCUGAGACUGUGAGCCCUUUGGGGACAGGGAACCAUCUUCUUCGUUGUAUUUUUUGAAAAUGGAAACCACUUGGGACGGCUUCUGGUGAAAAGCAGCACCAUAAGGCAUCCUGUUCGUAGUUACUCGUAGCCAUAAGUAAUACUAGUCGUAGCCAAGGGUCGGGUGCUUCUCAGGUGGCCACAUGAGGCUUGUGCCAUUUGGCAUUAUGCAAGUGGGGGUGCAGGAGGCCAGAGCCAGCCAGUGUCCAGCCCCUGCACGGACAUGGGUUGCUAGCAGACCUGGCCGUCCUCGGCUCCUUCGUCCCCUCCCGUCCUCCCCCAACUCCAGAUUUCUGGGCUCUUCUGUGCCUGCCCACACUUUGCUCAGGCUCUACUCCGAGACUUUUAAGCAAAGUGUCUCGGUCGGAGCCUGGAUCCUGGAGUCGCGUCCCCGACACCCACUCACUGAGCAGCCGGGCUUGGGCAAGGGACUCUUUGCAUCCAUGGUUUCACCUGCAGCCUCGUGAACUUAAGAACAGCCUUGCUGGAUCAGGCCCAGGGCGAGACUGAGUCUAGCACCCUGUUACCCACAGUGGCCCACCAGAUGCUGCUGGGAAGCCCACAGGCUGUUGUUUCCCUGCAACUGGUAUAGAGAGACAUCUUCCCUUUGAGGCUGGAGGUGGCUUUUAGCCAUCAGGACUAGUAGCCAUGGAUAGACCUGUCCUCCGUGAAUUUGUCCAAGCCCCUUUUAAAGCCAUCCAAACUAGUGGCCAUCAGCAUAAGAACAUAAGGGCCUGCAGAAGCCCUGGCUUCUCCGAGAGCCCUUUUGCACCUUUGGAUUCCCGGAGUGUUGCCACCCAUGCUCUGCAGACCUCCCUGCCCUUUGGACCGACACAAAUCAGUUGCUGGAGUGUUCCCUUUUGCAAGGAUUCUCAGAAGUUGUUCACUACAGCUCCCAGCAUCCCCAGCUGCAGUGGGAUUCUGGGAGUUGUAGUCAACAACAUCUGGGAAUCCCUGUUAGAGGGAACCCUGGUGUUGGGACUGCAAACCUCUGAUCAUAAAUCGGUCCCAUCAGCAUCUGUUUCUUGGCCAGUUUUGUCGUUUCACAUUCCAUUUCAUGCCCCGGGGCUGUUUCUCUCUCUCUCUCUCCACAUGGUGGACACAGGUGCUGGGGCUCAUCUGGUUUCUCAAACAGGGUCCUCUGCCUCUCCCCGAUGCAGAGCUCUAUGCACAGGCCUGCAGCAGGGACAGGGCAGCAUUCCUUCACUGUUCCUGAAUACCGUGGUCCAUGCAGCCGUGGGGGCAGAGGGCCACGCUUGUGGAGCUCCUUCUGGCCAGCGUGGCUCUCGGGUAUGGUUUCCAGGUGUGGGGGAUUGGAAGGCUGCUUCAAAUGGCCCGCUGUCUUGCUGGCUGCCCCUCUGCAGAGUAAAAUGAAUCCCUUGCAGCCGUUUUUGCCUGUUUUUGUAUGUUGUUAUAACACGAAAGAGAUGACUCAA